AUGGACAACGCCAAGACUGAGGAGUUGGUGAUCAAGCUUGAGGAAUCUUUGGGUCUUUCAAGUUUGGAGAGUGGUCCAAAACUGAUUGGGGCAAUCAUUGCCGACAAGGUUCCAAACAUGGGUGCCAUAAAGAAUAUCUUAAUGAAAGCUUGGGAAAGUUUUGGUGAGCCAAAAAUCAUGUAUAUGAAGGACAACAUCUUCACCAUUCUGGUUCAGGAUGAGGUUAUGGCUAACAAGAUCAUUGAAGAAGGUCCUUGGUCUGUUAUGGGUUUCUGCUUCUCUGUGCAGCGGUGGCCAAGUAACUUGGCAAUUGAGGAGGCUCCCACACACAUGGUGGUGUACUGGAUACAGGUUCAUGGGAUUCCUCUUAACCUUAUGUUAACAGGAAAUGCAAGGGAGAUUGGAGAGAAGCUUGGAACUGUUCUGGAGGUGGAUGACCCAUGGAACAAAGGCCCAAGAGGCUUCCUGAGAAUACAUACAUUGAUUGACACCACAAACCCCCUGGCUGCGGGCUUUUGGCUUCUGAGACCGGAAGGACUAGAUACGUGGGCUGAGUUAAAGUAUGAAAAGUUGUCUGAUUUCUGCUUUGAUUGUGGUAAGCUGGGUCACACAAAAAAUGGAUGCAAGUUCAAUCCGGACAAGAAUGAGGAUGGUGAGUCUACUGCUUUUGGGGACUGGAUGAAAGCUCGUACUGUUCGUGAAAGGCAUAACCAGGUCAGCCUCAAUGUUCCAAGAAGUGUUCGUCGCCAAGCAGGGCAAAUAAGUAUGAUGAACCUGGGCACCAGAGUGGUGCGUGUGGCCCAAAAAAGUGGAGAAAAUGAGAUUGUUGCAGGAAACAACAAUGGGUCUUGGCAUGCUGACUAA